AUGAUAUUAGUCGUUGUGGAUAGCCAUUCUGGCUGGAUAGAGGCUAUCCCGGUAAAAUCUGCAACUGCAGAAGUGACCCUACCAACGUGCAUCGUAACUGACAACGGCACCACAUUCACAGGUGCGGCCUUCCAAGAAUUCGUAAAGAGAAAUGGGAUUCGCCACAUGCGAACAGCUCCUUAUCAUCCGCAGUCAAACGGACUUGCAGAACGGGCUGUUAGAAGCGUAAAAGAAGCGCUUAAGAAGCUGACGGACGGACCACUGGAAAUCCGGCUCCAACGCUGGCUACAUAACCACAGAAGGACACCAUCAGCUGCCCAUGGGGGAAAGGCUCCUGCGGAAAUGUUAUUCAAUUUUCUGCCACGUAGUCGCUUGGAUAUCAUCAAGGCCGAUGUGCUCAAAAACCAAAAGACAACACAGCAAGACGUGGACAGUCGUUUGAAACCUGGAGCACCUGUCUACGUGCGCAAACAAUGCGAUCGACCGGGAUGGAUGCCGGGUAUCGUGCUUGAGGGCCUAGGAAGUCGCAUGGCUAAAGUGCAAACGCCCCAGGGUGUUGUCACACGCCACCUUGACCAGAUGCGAACCCGCUACGGCGCAGAUACCGCGGCUUCCGAAAGUGAUACAGCUCACGCAUCGGACCCAUCCAACGCGGCCCAUGACGCCACAGAUGACACAUCGGAGUCGACAGAAACCGAAGGACAUCGAUAUUCGCUCCGACCGCGACACAGGUCACACCACUGA